AUGAAGAUCAUGAGGAGAGAUAAUGAGAGCACAGUGUCUGAGUUCAUCCUCCUGGGACUCCCCAUCCAGCCAGAGGAUCAAGGCAUGUACUCUGCCCUGUUCCUAGUCAUGUACCUGACCACAGUGCUGGGGAACCUGCUCAUCAUCCUGCUCAUCAGGCUGGACUCUCACCUCCAUACUCCCAUGUACUUCUUCCUCAGCCACUUGGCCUUCACAGACAUCUCUUUCUCAUCAGUCACAGCUCCAAAGAUGCUCAUGAAUAUGCUGACAAACAAUCGGUCCAUCUCAUACGCUGGGUGUGUUUCCCAGGUGUAUUUUUUUCUGUCUUUUGCAGAUCUUGACAGCUUCCUUCUUACCUCAAUGGCCUAUGACAGGUAUGUGGCCAUCUGUCACCCUCUGCACUACACCACCAUGAUGAGUCAGAACCUCUGUGUCCUGCUAGUGAUAGUGUCCUGGGUCUUGUCCUUUGCCAAUUCCCUUGUUCACACCCUCCUCUUGGCUCGUUUGUCACACUUUAGAGACAAUACCAUUCCACACUACUUCUGUGAUCUCUCUGCCUUACUAAAGCUGUCCAGCUCAGACACUACCAUCAAUAAACUGGUCAUCCUUCCUUUGGGUACACUGGUCAUUACUCUGCCAUUCAUAUGCAUCCUGGUCUCUUAUGGCCGCAUUGGAGCCACCAUCCUAAGAACUCCUUCAAUCAAAGGAAUCUGCAAAGCCUUGUCCACGUGUGGUUCUCACCUCUCUGUGGUUUGUCUGUACUAUGGAGCCAUUAUUGGACUGUACCUAGUCCCUUCAUCUGAUAGCACUAAUGGCAAGGAUGUCAUUGUGGCUGUGAUGUACACUGUGGUCACACCCAUGCUGAAUCCCUUUAUCUAUAGUCUGAGGAAUCGGGAUAUGAAAGAAGCCAUGAGCAAUAUGCUCAGCAGGAGAGUCUCUUCACAGUGA